GAUGGAGAAGCACGUGUCCUCCUGAGCUCAGCGGUUCCUCAGAGAGAUGACGGGAUCCCAGCGGAUGUUCCUGAGAGGAGUCGCUUCCUGGCUCCGUGCAGACUUCACCUCCUGCAGGAGAUUCCACGCAGAGACAGUCAGACCCGAGUCCAGAGAACUUCCCAUAAUCCACCACGCAGGGUACGUGUGCGACCUCCCCCCAAACCACACGUUCCCCAUGAGCAAGUUCCCCAAAGUGUUCCAGGUUCUACUGAAGGACCAGGUCAUCACACACAAGCAGGUGUGGGUGCCUGAGAUUGCCUCUAAAGAUCUGCUGAGUCGUGUCCACACAGAAGAAUACGUGACCGACUUCAUCCACGGGAGAAUAAGUGAGAAGGACCAGCGGAGGACGGGCUUCUCCUGGAGUGAGGGCUUAGUGAGACGCUGUCGAUAUGAGACCGGCGGGACCCUCCUUGCCGCUGAGGUGGCUCUGCAGAGGGGUCUGGCCUGCAGCACAGCAGGAGGAACCCAUCAUGCUUUUCCCAGUUAUGGUUCAGGAUAUUGUCUCCUCAAUGAUCUGGCUGUCACGGCCAAAUACCUGAUGGGCAACUCUUCACCCAGGAGGAAGGUUCUGAUUGUGGAUCUAGACGUGCAUCAGGGCGACGGCACAGCUUUCAUAUUUAAAGAGGAGCCGUGUGUGUUUACGUUCUCAGUGCAUUGUGGGAAAAACUUCCCCCUCCGUAAACAACAGAGUGACCUGGACAUCAGCCUGGAGGAUGGACUGGAAGACAAGGACUACCUCUCCACAGUGGAGGCUCACCUUCCCCGGCUCCUGGAGACUUUCCGUCCAGACCUGGUCCUCUAUGACGCCGGUGUGGACCCUCAUUGGGACGAUGAACUAGGGAGACUCCGCUUGACUGACCACGGGCUGUAUAAGAGAGAUCUGUAUGUGAUGAAGACUGUGGUGAGCAGAGGCAUCCCGACUGCUGCUGUGAUCGGAGGAGGGUAUUCAAGAGACGUGGACAAACUGGCCCAGAGACACUCCAUCGUCCACAGAGCAGCUGCUCAGGUUUGGAGGGAGUGUGGAUUGUAAAACCUUCAAGAGGAUCCUCAAAGUCCGAUACUCGCUCUUCAGCAGCCAAUAUUAAUAUAUACUGUAAAUAAAUAAAUACUGUACAUGCAACAGCAUUAAAUUUUUACUGAGAAUCGUGAAAAGUCAACUUUCUGUUUACCUCAUCGUGAAACUGCAUCAUUACCUCUGUGCUAGUAACUGUCU